AUGACAUCAAAGAUGAAAGCCCAAGAUCUUAGCAUAAUUAUACCGACUUUCAAUGAAGCUACUCGGAUUGAAAAAUUACUUCAAUCUUUACAGUUACUAGUAGGAUCUGAAUAUAUUAUUGCGGAUGGUGGUAGUAAAGACGAAACAAUGACCAUUGCUCGUGCAUUCGGGGCCAAUGUCGUAUCUCGUCAUGGCGGUCGUGGGCCACAGCUUGCUACUGGUGUGCAAGCGAGUUCUCGACCUGUUCUUUGGAUCAUCCAUGCUGAUUCUGUGCCGCCUUUUGACCCUCUUGCGGUGAUGACACCGGUGAUCGCACGUGGCAAUGCGGGAGCUUUUCGUCUAAAAAUCGACCAUUCCGCAUACCGCUACCGAUUGGUCGAAUGGGGAGUAAGAAUACGUAAUUUGUUUUCUGGACUUCCCUAUGGUGAUCAAGGCCUCUUUUUAACUCGAGAGCUAUAUGAACAAAUCGGUGGCUUUUUGCCAUACCCAAUUAUGGAGGAUGUCGCGUUAUGCCAAGCUAUUAAACAAGCUGGACGUAAAAUAGAACUGUUAACACAAACGAUUACUACAGAUGCCCGUCGUUAUGAACGUGAAGGCAUUCUCAAGCGUAUCGUAAAAAAUAAACGGAUUGAAAUACGUUAUUUCCUGUUCAACGUAAGUCCACACAAUUUAGCAAAAGACUACCUCCCUGAACCAUUGACUAAGGACAAAAACUAA